AUGAAGAAAAACAUAGGCAAAUUCAAGCAGUGGACAGGCGAGAAACUCGGUUCCUCGCAUAAAACAGAGACAACUUACGAAUUCAAAGAGCUUCAACAGAAAGCUGACGCUCGAAAUAAUGGUUAUGAGAAAAUUUUAACUACAACGAAUUCUUAUUUAAAGACAAUAGGGAAGAAGAAAACCUCUUUCGACGAUAGAAGCAGAUCUCUUCCGAUCGAAUCGCUUGGGGCAGCGAUGAGAGUAUUUGGCGAAGAACUCGGCAGUGAUUCAGAAUUCGGCGUUGCGCUGGUUAAAUUUGGGAUUGCAAACGAGAAAAUUGCCAGUGCUCAAUUGGAAUAUCUCACUCGUGUUAAAGACGAGUUUCUUGAUGGGGUUAAUGCUGUCACUGCUGAUAUAAAGCUAUACCAAGCUUUGAAAAAGAAGCUUGAAUCGAGACGAUUAGACUAUGAUGCCAAACAGAAUAGAGUACAGAAAUCAAAAAAAGAAAAGCCUGAAUUAGAAGAGGAAAUGCAAGCUGCUAAACAAAAGUACGAGGAAACAUUGGAGGACCUUGAGAAUAAAAUUAACACGAUAUUUGAGCACGAAGAGCAUUCUGUCAAAGACGUGUCUUCCUUUUUAGACGCUCAGUUCGAAUUCUUUAAACGAGGAUACGAAAUAUUAGCAGAGGUCAAGGAGGAUUGGGUCGAAGUAAACUCGGGAACUACAUCAAGACGACCAUUAAUAUCAAGGAGAUCGACACGCGAUUCAAGAACGUCUCGCGACGACACCGAGGAUCAGUUAUCGGAUGAUGAUACCCGAUCGUACUCGAACGAUUCUCGCAGUAAAAAGGCAGGCACGUCUCGGUCCUCUGGCACAGUAUCCAAACCAAAAUCGCUCAAGUCCAACGUUAGCAACAAACCAACUCGUAGCUUGUCACCUAGUUCAUAUUCAAAAGAUUCAUCGUCUUCAUCAGGCGCCAAAAAAGUCAAGGCCAUAUAUGAGUUUGAAGCGAGUGGAGAUGAUGAACUAACAAUCGCAGUAGAUGAUGUAAUAACGGUGACUGAGGAAAUAGAUGAAGGCUGGUGGAAUGGCGAAAUUACUGAUCCGGAUGGUACGGUUAGAAGUGGCAUGUUUCCUGCUAAUUACACAACUGAAAUAAAUGAACCAAUAUCCAACCGGCGGACUCCCACAAUCUCACGUCAAUCAUACGAUGAUUCAGAAAACGAAGAGUCUAUAGAUACCGUACGAUCACGACAUGUGCCCCCAGUACCUUCUCGUCAAUCAAAGCCCCCUCCAUCAAAAUCCUCUCGUUCUGCACCUGCACCUCGACCUGUAAUGACGCGGGGUUCGUCCGCGAGUUCUACAAGUAGUGCACAACGUACUUCAUAUUUACCUGACUUUUCUAAUGAUCACGGUAGUAGCAAUGUUGGGCCAUGUCAGGAAUGUGGAUGCGACGAUUAUGCUGCAAAUGUAUUUAAAAAAGGAAGUUGUAAUAAUUGUUUCCAUAAGCAUUAA